ACUGAAUGUAGAGGUGGAGGCCAAGUCUGUAACGAUACCACAGAGUGUUGUAUUUUGAGUAUGGGGAUGUCAACUGAACAAGCGCCAGAAGGAGCAUGUAUAGAAAAGCCUACUGAGGAUAAAAAUUGUGGUGGAAUAGCAUUAAAGUGCGGACAACCUUAUUUGUCCAAUGGUCCUUGUUGCGCUCCUGGAGUUAAAUUUAAUGAUAUGUGCUACUGUGCUACUGGUAUAAAUUCUUGCUUUUCUAAUAAUGACUGUAAAACGUCAACAG